AUGGAGACGUCUGUGCCAUUCCGGUCGGCGCGCUCAUUUUUUGCCAUCUCUGCGCUCUUUCUGUCUUCUCCCCUCUCUUCGCUUUCACCACCUUCGCGCUACCCUCACGGACAUGGAAGCGGAGUCGGGCUUAUGACCUCUGGUUCGUCUCCGCAGGCGCGACUGGCGCCCCGCUGGUUGGCCGCAGAGUGCGCAGAUUCUCACGCCGUGCCCAGUAAUGCCGCGGUUCCUUUUACUAGCACACACGCAGGAGCAGCUGUCCAGAUGGCAGAGGUGGAGUCCUCGGAGCCGACGCUGACGCGCGACACUAUCGAGGCCCGUUCGCGCCUGAACACGCGGCGGAGGCGAGCAGGUCGUCGCAGGCCGCCUUCUCUGUCCAUCGGCGCGGCGGAGGAGUUCGAAGAGGAGAUCGUCAGACGUCUGCCUGACCCACAAAACGUGGCUCCCUCCCCAUAUAUUUCGCGUGGCGUGCUAGCGCUUGCCACCGGCGGGCCUCGAAAGAAGGCACUCUUCAAACUCGUGCCCAAUUCCCGCCUAUUAUACCGGCGUCCCGAUGGACUUAUCGCCUGCGAAACAGGCGGCACGGUCAGCCGCGCACAAGCUGCGUCGGUGAGACCAGUCUCGUUCAGCGGCCUGACAGGGCACGUCGUGGAGUUGUCUGGGGCAUUCUCGGAAGUUGGUGGGUUAGAGAGCCGCCCGACUACAUUGCCCUUGAUCCGCGGCUCUGCUGCGUCAGUCAUGACCGGCAGGGACAUACUCGUUGUCUGCGCGAAGGCCGGCGAGCCUGCAGUGGCAAUCGCGGCUGACAAAGCCGUGGAGGCAACGGCAUCGGACCAUCGAAAAGCCGUAGAGGCGCACGAGUUUCGCCUCGCACGACAGGACGCCGACCGCCUGGAAAAGCGAGCUGCAAGAGGCCGCAAGGUUGCGAAAUACGCGGCUAUAACGUCUGCGGCCUUCUUUGUUUUGAUGUUCGCCUCCCUUCACUCGUACGCGCGGUGGCGACUCCGGGAGUCGAAUGUGACUAAGUUGAACGUGGCGGCUAGAGUUCUGAUCCACAACAAACGUCUUGCUCCGCCGCGGGACUGGAUCCAGUUGGAGGAAGACUUGCUGGCUUCCGCUGACAAGCCGGGGAACCUGAAUCUUCUCAAGCGAGAGAUUGGCCAGACCCACCCCCACGUUAUAGCGACGUACGUGAAAAUGAAGGAGAUGUUUGAUGACACCAAACGCCUUUUUAUGCUUGCUAGAUGGUCGGGUUUGGCGUUCGUUGGGGCGAAAGGCGCCGCCUACAUCUUUUCGCAAGUGGUCAGAACUCGGCGAAGAAACAUCUAUAUCAGAAAGAGGCAGCGGGCUCAGCUGGCGGGAGUCAGCGCGGAUGAGGACGAAGAGGAAGGCGAAGAGUGGCUGGAUGCAUCCUCCAUGGAUCCUAUGGAUCUGGCGACCACAGGCAUUUUCUAUACCUCGUCACCUCCUCCUUGA